AUGCUCAUCCUCGUGGCCGGCGCAACAGGCAACAUCGGCACCCAUGUCGUGCGCUCUGCUUUGAAGAGAGGACAUCAAGUUCGUGCGCUGGCUCGAUCUCCUGAAAAGCUACCCGAAGACCUGCGCAACCAACUGGAGAGCUUCGUCAAAAUCACUGGCCCGACCGACAUCCCAAAUCUCGACAUCGGCUGCAAGGGAGCAGAUGCUGUCAUCUGUACUUACGGCUCUGACGGUGCCCUAAUGCUCGAUGGACAGCUAGCACUCUUGCGGGCUGCUGAACGGGCGGGUAUCAAACGCUUUCAUACCGCGAGUUGGAACCUGGUGUGGGAUAAGAUGCCGCUUGGAGUGCUCGAGAGCUACGAUCCCGUCAUAUCCUUCACUCGACAUGCGGCGUUGACGAGCCCCAUCAAGCCGUUAAGCGUAUUUUGUGGCGUGCUGGCUUCGACGCUGUUCGGCCUUCCUGGGGCAGGAGCCUUGGAGGGAGGUAGUGCAGUCUGGACGAAAAAAGACAAUGGCGAACGAGUGAUAAACCUCGUGGGAGAGGGCGAUGUCCUGACGCCUGUUGCAGUCGAGGCUGAUGUUGCCGAUUUCAGUGUGGCACUCACGACUUCGGACCUUGCUGAGAAGGGCGGCUUCUACCAGUUCUGCUCGGAUGAAUUUACCUUCCAAGAUCUCGCCGCGACCUACAAGAAAGUCAGAGGGGCGGAUUGCAGGAUCAACACCAUCAUGAGCGUCGAUGCGUGCAGGCAGGCAAUCGCCAAGGCCAGGGCAGAUGCAGAGGAGUCUGGAGAUUUGUAUUCGCGGUGGCACCAAUAUAUCGGAUUGGUGUACGGCUUGACCUUUGCUGAAGGAACUUACAACCCUAAGCCUGUGGAUGCGAGCAGGUUUCCUGACGUUCCGAGGACAAGUCUGGAGGAGUAUAUCCGGGAGAAUGCGUGGUUGUAG